AUGGGCGACAAUGCGGGCCGGCAGCCGCCGCCAUCGAUCGGCCAACAGGAUGACAUUGCUCUGGCGGUGACACAAUCCCACGAGGCUACCCGUCCCGGCCCCGGCGAAAAGGAGACACUCAGCCAGCCGUGCCUUGCAACAUCGCACGGCGAUAACGAUGACUUGUCCCACGACGUCCCUCGAGCAGGCAAGAAGAAGGGUCACGGUUACUUUGGGAAGCACGGCAAGCUGAGGCCGUUUCGCCUGCUCACGGCUGAUUUUCACAACAUCCGCAGCCGCUACUUCUCUGACUGGACCGUCUUCAACCAGCUCGUGCUGGCGAGUACUGUCUAUGUCUUCUUCACCAAUCUGCUCCCAGGCAUCACCUUUGCCGGCGACCUCUAUGUGCUGACUGGUGAAUCCUGGGGAACCAUCGAAGUCGUUUUCAGUACUGGUCUCUGCGGCAUCAUCUUCGCUCUCUUCUCGGGCCAGCCGUUGACCAUCCUCGGUGUCACGGGCCCCUUUACUGUUCUCGCCGAGAACAUCUACAAACUCUGUGAGGAGAACUUUGGGGUCCCCUUUCUCCCCGUCAUGGCCUGGUCGCUCAUCCAUGCCGGCUGGAUGCACUACCUCCUCGCCAUAUUCAACGCACACGACUGGACCAUGCAGUAUGUCACUGACUUUAGCGCCGACAUUUUCUCCCUGCUCAACAGUGUCAUUUACUUCCACAAGGCUGUCCGCGAGCUGCAGCGCACCAAGAAGAUUGUAUCCAUCGCCGCAUUCCUCUACGCCAUUAUUGGCUGCGCCGGUACCUGCCUCCUCGCCAUUCUGCUGUCGACCGCCAAUUCGUGGCAGCCCCUUUUCCACAGGUACAUCCGCAUGGGACUGGCCGAGUACGCCGCCGCCAUCUCCAUCAUCUUCUUCAUCGGCAUGCCCUAUGUCGGCGACCUCGCCACCCUCGACCACAACCGGCUGAUGGUCCAGAAGAACCUUCGGCCCUCGUCCCCCGAAAGGACUCAGUUCUUCGUCGAAUUCUGGAAGGUGCCCGUUGAGUGGGUGUUCAUCUCCAUCAUCCCGGGCUUCAUCAUCACCGUCCUCUUCUACUUUGAUCACGAGAUUAGCAGCAUCAUCUGCACAGCCAAGCGGUACGGUGUGCAGAAGCCUGGGGGCUACGCUUGGGACAUCGCCCUCCUCGGCACGACAACAAUCCUCUGCGGUAUCCUGGGCAUCCCCCCGGCCAACGGCCUGCUUCCUCAGGCUCCGCUCCACUCCGAGUCGCUGAUGCACAGCGUCAUUGAAGACCCGGGCGCUCUCACAGACCCCGAGCCGGGCGAGCCGCCCCCAAAGCCUGUCACGCGCGUCUACGAGCAGCGCUACUCGCACCUCAUCCAGGCUGUCGGCAUCCUCAUUUUUGUCACGCCGCCGUUUCAGCAUGUCCUCGGCUUGACGCCCACCUCAGUCCUCGCCGGUCUCUUCCUCUUCAUGGGAUAUCAGUCGCUGUCUGUCAACCCGAUUCUCAGCCGCAUCGGUUACCUGGUGACCGCGCCCGCCGACCUCCCGGAGCUGCCUUCAGGUGCCUCGUGGCUCGGCGUUCACAGUUAUACCAUUACCCAGCUCGUCCUCACUGGCAUCGUGUUUGGCGUCACUCUGACCGUCGCGGCGCCGGGGUUCCCCAUCAUCAUCAUUGUCCUGGUACCCAUACGCCUGCAUCUCAUAAGCAAGAUCUGGAGCCGCGAGACGCUCCGCUACGUGGAUGGCUGGGCGACGCGCGAAGGUAAGCCUGAGGAUAAUGAGGACGACCGGCGGACGGAUGGCAUGAUGGACCGAAAGACGGAGGCUGUCGACGAAGAAAAGGGGGCGAGGGCUAUAUAG